GUCUGCAGUAGAAGCAACAUCACAUCAUAUGAAGUUAAUAUUUGGAUAUGUGCUUUAAAGUUAGAAAGAAACAUUAGAUUGUGCCUCGACCAUUGUUUUGUCAAAAGUUUGUGCGGUUUUUUUGCAUUGAUUAGUGACAUUUCUUGGAACGUUCAAGGUUUGAAAACAGGUUUUCUAAAAUAUUUGAACUGUUGACAGAUUUCAUUUAAAUGGUCGUAUUUUCUAGACAUUCUAUGUUACCAUUUGUUCAACUUUUCAACGACAACCACUAUUAUGAAUACUUAAUUGGAGUCGGACAAACCAAAGAUUUUGAAGAAACUCUCGUCUUUAUCAAUUUAAUACGCAAGUAUCUUUUGUUGUUGUUCCAUUUAACUUCAAUAUGAAAAUCGCAGCCGAUACACACUUCCAUACGACCGAAAGUAAACGAAAUACCCAGUACUCGGGAAUGACAUGGGAAAGUCUUUUAGACCGAUUGACAAGCAGAGGAAAGGUGGAAACUGUAGCCAUUACUAAUUUAGAAGGAGAAGUUCUAGCAUCUACAGCUGAUUGGGAUUUGACUGAUGGUGAGACGAUAGGGAUAUUGAAAGCAGUAUCCAGUCAUUACGAUUCUCUGAUCAGAAUGAAGAUAACUGAUACCAUGUAUACAUGUUUUCGUCAUGAUAACAGUGAAACUAUCGUUGGUAAAGCUGAGAACCGGGUCUUGGUCGCCCACAUCUGUCACCAGUGUAUGGUGAUUGGAUUCUCAGACAUCCAAUCUCCUGGUUCUUGCAUAUACGACAUCACAGAAUUUGGAAAACAUAUUGAAAAGCGAGGACUAUAAACAUUGAUUUUAACAGCUGUUUUUGUUUGAAGUACCCCUCCAGUGAGUGAUGUGUUCUCAUCGUAAGAUGUUCAGUUAGAACUGUUAUUAACAAUGAACGUUUAUGAGAACCUCUGUAAACUUUACUUCUCGACUUGUAUACACGUUUCAAUUUGUUUUUCAAACAUUUUACAACAACAGAAUCAUCCAAGACUGAAAUUUGAAUCCGUAAUCCGGGUUCAAUAUUAGUUUGACCUCGUACCCUGUACCCGGUGAUAAUUAGCAGGUAUCAUAUUCCAAUUAAUGACUGCACAUUUAUUGUUACCAUGACAACAGUUUUCAAUGAAAUGCCUUUGGGGCAGACCAUUAUUUUUGGUUUUUAUAAAGAAAUUUGUCUGUUAGCUGUAACUGCUUGACAUUUUAUCAAUAUGUCUGGUGU